AUGAAAGGUACUGAUUGUCAUUGCGACAUUUUAGCUGAAGCAGGAUGGGAAGGUGGUCGUUUUCGAGUAAUGAUUGUGGGCGAGGAAAGGCGAGGUACCGAUGGAGCAGAUCAUGGAUUUCAGACAGCUUCUCUAGAUCUGGCACCUUAUCUAGAGAUCCUUGCAACCCCAUCAACUUUUGGACUGGUUGCUAUUGCCAGAGCUAUUAUUUUGAGAUACGCUCCAUUUUUGAAAGUAACUCUUUCGUCAUUUGACAACAACAAAAUCGAUUCUCAACCUGUUGUAGAGGUCGAAUACAACUAUGAAACGUCCGAAAAAGUUCUAGGUAGCGGAAAUGAAAUAGUACUAAUGGGAUUGAAAUGCAUGUUUUCGGUGUUGUAUGAAUUGAACAGGCGUGAAUCAGAGCUCUGCACCGAAGCCCUUACCUCUUUACUUCAUUUACUAGAAAAUGUACCAACCGAAGCUUUAGCCAAUGAAACUUAUGCUUCAGUACAAAGCAUGUUUAAUAUGCUCUAUCAAUUGAGAAUGGAAGGCGGUGCCGAAGUAUCAGCGAAAGCAGUAUCGUGUAUGAUAGCUUUAGCAAUUGCUUAUGGUGCUCCAGAAUUCCUUCUUUCAUUGAUCGCCACUCUAUUCUGUGAUAAGCUCAAUAAAUUAUCAGUUGAUGAUAGUAUAUCAAUUGAGGUACCCGAAAAUUAUCAAAAAUUAGCAAACUUGGUACGACGGAUUCUACUUCGGAACAGUAAUGAGCCAGGAUGUACUGGUGAUUGGUGGUCGCAUUGUUUGACGGAAUAUGCUGUGCUAUCAUCCUUUGAUGUUCGAAUACCAGAUAAUAUCCUCCCAGAUACUCCAGAUGAUCGUAGACUUACUGGAGCGAUUGCCUCUGAUGGAGAAUAUGUAUAUGUUCUUGCAUGUUACGGUUUAUUCAAAUAUGGCACAGGUCUCGGGGAGACUAUCGAAGGCAAAUUGUAUGCUUCCAAUUAUAAUUUGAAAGCAAACAAAGGUUCUUGGUUAGCAAUAUGUAGUGGUACUUUAUAUCUCCGGAGGCGUCAAUCAUCCCGUAUGGGGGUUAUUGAUAUUGAUACUCUUCGUGAGGUCGGCGAAAUUAUGCUGCAUACAAGUAUUAGUUCAGGUACCAUUUUCACCGAUGGCGCAACUUUCUAUCAAGCCACUGUGGACGAACAAUGGACGUUAGCGGUUACUCCGCUGGAUGAUUCAUUCACUCCAGUUCAAGAUCUUCGACAAAGUCAAAAAUUCCGCCUUGCCGAAUUAAAUUAUAUCGCUGUUGGUGAAACAUAUCCGAUACCACAUGAAUUACCUCUAGCUCUUCCCAAAUCAUUACAAGCACAGGCAUCUGAUUUGCAAAUGAAUCGAGAUAUGGCGUUGCUAUUAGCAAGGAACGGGAAAGUUUAUUAUGCUGGUGAUGGUACCCUCUUGGGUUUGCAGAAUGCUGGAUGUAACUGGAUGAAGCUAGUUUUACCAGAAUCAAUAGUUUCAAUAGCGGUUGGUUUUGACACGGAAACAAUUGUAUUACGUUCCGGAUCAGGGCACUUAUGGAUUGCUGGUGUGGGACCGGAUACGGUACGCCAAGGUAGUCCAACUGCUGGUCGUUUUCAAAAAUCGGAAGCUGGCUCAGCGGCUGUCAAGUUGAGAAAUUUUCAAAUUUUGAACAGACGGCGUUGCUUAUCAGUCGCAGUAUCAGCCGGAUGCAUAGCAUACGUACUGGAUAAUGGGAAAGCAUACGUCUAUGGCCGACAUACAAUGCAAUGUCAUCCGGAAACUGGCCAUAUUUAUGGAUUGGAAAAUGUUCAUUUGGCAUCGAUAGCUCUUGGCAAAACCCAUGCUGUUGCAAUUUCACGUCACGGCCAUCUCUAUACAUGGGGCCUAAACAAUCUUAAUCAAUGCGGGAGAACUGAGUCUUAUAUGCAUUCGGAAGCUCCUAGUGGAAUGGACGAAAGCGAACUGUCUAAAAAAACAAAGACGGACGAAAUAGAACAGAAUUCGUAUUGUCUUCCAAAUGAACAUCUUUGGGUCAAAGAUUUUGCCUCCAUCUGUUUGAAAUGUGGCAAGUGUUCGGCGCGUGGAAAUCGAUGCGCACUGAUAAGAACCAAACGUGAUGCGAAAGGAACGCCAUGCACAUGCGGAGAAGGCGAAACGUGUUGCCUGAGAUGCGGCUUAUGUCGUGCAUGCGGUGAAUUUACGGUUGAUGCUUUUGAUCGAGAUAUGCGAGCAGCACCACCCAGAGCAGCACUUCCACCCUCUCGUCUAAUUCUUCAGAGAGACAGUCCUGAAAUCAAGGUUUCAUCGGUGUGUUGUGGCAAUUAUCACACUGUUGUAUUAGCAGCUGAUCGACAGGUCUUCACUUUUGGUUCAAAUUGUCACGGACAACUGGGUGUUGGUCAUGUAAGGAAAUGUGUUGGUCCGCACAAGGUGAAUCUACCAGGUAAAGUACAAGUAGUUCAAAUUGCUGCUGGCUCAAAUCAUACGGUGUUAAGGACAGCUGAUGGAUCUGUUAUCACGUUUGGUGCCCAUAGACAGGGUCAGCUUGCAAGAGAAGGAAACGAAAAAAACUGGUUUGCGAUGCCAUCAUUUGUGGCAGGAUAUGGCCGUGGAAGUGGUACCGUUGCAAUUUGGAUUGGUGCAUCCGGUGAUACUACUCUAAUUCAUAGUCAAAUUCGUAUUUAUAACAAUGAUAUUAUUUCAGAUUGUCAGAUAGUCGCAGAUAGUGAAACUAUAGUGAUAUUUCCGAAUCAGGUUGGCAAAAAUUAUAUGGCAAUACGACGCAAAUCUAAUACCUUUUACCAGUAUUCACUGGAUACUGAAGGUCUCUAUACUAACUGGUGCUUGGAAUCGAAGUAUAAUUUAUUGUGGGGAUUUAAUACGGCUGAAAUGCGUAUCAGAUCAAUCACCGAUUGUAUUCCAAUUUCUGGUAAAAAAUUCGAAGCAGAUACCAUCUUUGACGAAAUCUUAGAAGAGAUCGUUAAAGAAAUUAGAUUUCUUCGUACACCUGAAUUUAUAAUUCCAAUAUCGAACGAAACAAGUUUACCUGUCAAACAAGUUGCUUUGAAUCUUUUUGGCAUCACUUACGCUGCAACUGUACUGGAAAGCAAGCGAUCAUCUGGACAAAAGGGUAAUCAACUUAUUACGGAUCCGAAAGCAUCUCUUAUAGUUGGUGCCGUAAAUGGACGAAACUUAUGGGGUUAUCAACGUAUUAAUCGUUUUGAUGGUUAUGGUGGUGGGUGGGGAUAUUCAGCUCACUCCGUGGAAGCAAUCCAAUUUCGUACUUCACGUGAUAUUCGAUUUUUCGGUGUUGGGUUGUACGGUGGACGUGGCGAGUACAUUGCGAAGUUAAAACUUUAUCGCCUUUGUCCACCGGACUAUGACGAACAGAACGUUGAAUUACUCAGUGAGUCUGACGAAAUGCUUUACGAAUGUGCCGCACACGAGAAAGCGCAGUUAUUAUUUCCGCGAUGCGUAUUAAUUAAAUCCAACUUGUGGCACGUUAUUUGUGCGCAAAUUAAUGGUCCAAGUUCUGACUGCGGCUCCAAUGGGCAGUCUAAUAUUACUGGUGAUGGUGGGGUGCAGUUUUUUUUCCGCAAUUCACGUUUUUCCAACAACGGAACCGAUGUCAAUGUCGGUCAAAUUCCGGAAUUUUUGUACAUUUCGGAAACAUCCGAUGAACAACCACCUAAUUUUAAUGCAAAGGAUAAAACGAUGGAUACCUCCUGCGAUUCUAUUUCGUGUGCUAUAAGUUCACAUCAUCUAUUAGAGGUUUCUGCAGUUACAAUUGAAUCAUUGUUUCGUCUGCUAGAUUGGUCCAUUCAGAAGGCUUUAGUGGAAACGUUUAAUGAAGAUAGAACAUGGUUUCAAGAAUGCAAUAUGGUUAUUGUCAUCUUGUCAUUAAGAUUUUUACGAUUUUAUAUUUGCUCACUUUACUUUCCAUCCAAGGGUGGAAAACAAAUGAAUAAAAAAGAGCCCUCGAGUAAUAUUGCUGAACAGAUGGUACGAUUCGCAUCUAUAAUUGGUUCAAUUUUUGAAAUAGCAAACGAUCAGCAUAGUGAUAGUACAGCUUGUUCAAUAUUACUGGGCGAAGCAGUCAAUUGUGCGGUGCAAUGUUCGCAUGUUCUAUAUCCCAGUUCAGCAAUUUUUCUGGAUCGACUUUCCUUUUUGAUAUCAACACCAAACCGUGAAUGGUCAUUAGUUGCAUUAUUGAGUACGCUUUGGAAUCAAGAAUAUGUCUUACCAACUUUGCUUGGUUCCGAACGUAACUUCACCCAGUUUCCAAUUUUGCUUACCAAAAUGAACGAACAGAUGGGUAAAAAACGGAUAUCUGCAAACCAACAUCAUCUUGUUUCUUUGCGAAAUGUAUUUCGAUUUCUCUUUGAAAUGGCUUUUACAUCGACAAGGUUGGCUCAGAACGAGAGCCGAGUACGUCUCAAAACUGUUGCAUAUUCACUAAUUACUGCAAUUGCACGAGAAUUAGUAACAUCUAAGGAUGCUGUUGGUGAUGGUCCACCUAUUCUGCAAACGCCAAACAGGUUUCGACACACUGCGGCACACGCAAGUUGGGACGUAAGUAGCGGUGCAUGCGAUGCAAUAGCACUAAGUGUUGAUGUAACCGGCAUUACUUUACACGGAGUUGGUGUAUAUUGUGCUCACCAUGAUCAGGAGCAAGGUUUUGUAUGUGAGGUGUUGUUGAAUGGUGGUGAUGCAGCCCACGAACAAUGGAAUGUACUGGAAAAAGUUGUCGGUACUCUGGCAAAUAAAUUCGAACCUUGUCAGCGCGAAGUUGCUUUGUUACGGUUGACCAAAGCUAUCAAACUCCAGCCUUGCUGUACCUAUGCUAUUAGAUUACAAAUUAAUGGUGGCAAAACAUUUUGUGGUGAAGGUGGCGUUGGAACCGUUCGAUUAUGUAACGGGAGUCGGAUGCAUUUUGAAUCAUGUAAUUUAAGCCUAAAUGGAACUUCCUUGUCUCGUGGCCAAAUACCAUUCGUUCUGUAUUCCAUACAGGAUGAUGAAAGCAGUGUGAUUCAACAACUGGCUAAUCCUGAACAGUUGGCUAAUUGGUUCUUGUUGCUAAUUCGAAUGUUAUCAUCCAAAAUGUCGGAUCUAAUUGCGACGGGGAAUCUUUUAUCUCAGGAACAGUCUUUUUGUUCAAGUAUCGCAGGUUAUAUAAUGGUUUUUUUGGAAGCUAAUCCACAACAUGCGUUGGAUGUAGUUGCAGUGUUGGAUGAUUUACUGCCGAUGGUUUCAUCAGCAAACGGUGAACGACUUGCUGAGGAACGAGGGCGUAUAUUUGCGAGGUCGACACAGCAGAACAGUGCUUAUUCGCAUAGUUUCCAAGUAGUUGUUGAAUCAGCACAUCCAUAUUCAUCUUGUGGAAUACAAUCGCAGGUUGUGGACUUCGGAAAAGAAGUCCAAUUCAUGACGGUACAGUUCAAUGAAGAGUGUUGUACUGGUCAAGCAGAUGAUAUUUUAUGGAUUUAUGCGAAAGUUGACACCGAGUGCUAUGUACCUAUUGGAAGGUAUUGCGGUGAUCGUAGUUGGCCUGAUCGCAUACUUUUGAUUCCGGGGUGCAAUUUAUGGUUUAUACUGGAAUCGGCAUCUUGUUCAACGGAUAAGCCUCUUGACCAAAUCUACGGUUAUCGAUGUACAGUUACAGGAUAUCGAUAUUCGGAAAAAGAUUCCGAUAUGAUUCUGGAAGAAGAAUUGACGUGGAUUUGCGCAAGUGCCUGUAGAUUACUUGUUCAGAUUCCAUCAGUCAAAACAGUGGUAGCAGCAGUAACGAUGAUCGAGGAUGAAAUCGACGAUAUUGUCCGUAAACACGGUACGCUACUCCGGAAAGGAUUAAAUCUCUCUCAUGUUCCAACGGUCAAUGAAGUUCUGAAGCGUAACUUACCAACUCCUUUGCAAACUUCAGAUCUGAAAUUCUUAAAAGAGUUCAUUGCUGCUUCUACAAGUACUCUGGCUGGUUUCUUGGCACGAUGGAUGAUGAAUGAACCAGUUGUAGACCUUCAUUCCAGCCAACUGCAAAUGCCUGAUGAAGAGACACGACUUAGAAUUCCUACCCAGAUAAAACUCAUCCCGCGAGACCAGUACGGUCAUCUAGUAGUGUGUCCAAAUAUGAAGGUCGAAAUCACGGUUCGUACUGGUGUGGCAUCAGAGAAUAGUAAUUUGAACCUCUGUGCAGCUGUCACUUGUAAUCCGCCAACUGCAAGUCUUCCUCCGCCACAAUCCAUCAAGGAGCCAUAUCGUCCAGUUUACGUAAAUAAAACACGAUAUGUUUCAAUCACAACGAUGACUGCUUAUAAGGAUUAUUGCUUCGAAGAAUUACGCCUUGGAUGUUACAAAGAUGCGAUGAUGAAAGAGCAGCUUAUUGUAAACCAGCAGGCUGAUGGCAGUUUUUCGGCCAGCUGGACACCCAAACAUGGCGGCACAUAUCGAGUCGAAUGCCGUUUAGAUGGAUUUCAGUUAGCUCAGAGUUAUUUGGUUGAGGUUCGGGACAACAGUAUGUUUGGUGGUUCAGUAUCGCUAAAAGAAGGCAGUCAAAAUCGUUUGGGUCGAAGGGUGGCCCAUUUUAGCAGGAUACGUUUUGCUUUUUGUGAUCAAAAGCUAAUGACGAAGGGUGUACGAAUCCGUGCUUCGCCAGCCUUGAAUUCAUCACAAGUCGGUGUCAUACCGCGUGGUACCACUGUUUCUUAUACUGAAGAAGUUGAAAACGCUGAUGGUGUUUGGUUGCGGCUUACCGAUGAAGCGUGUGUGAUGUACUGUGAUGCACAAUUACCUUCGCAAGGUUGGUGCUUACAAUAUAGCAAUCAUCUGGGAUGCUCAUUUUUAUUGCUACAAUCAGAUUCUACGGAAGGCCUAAUUCUUGGCUCCAACUUACUAAGUACCACACAAUUACCGCAAAAUGCAGGAGCAACAAGUGAGCGGUAUCUUGAGCAGUCUUUACAACUGGAUGUUGAGGAGAUAUAUACAGCAUGCGGAUCGCUUCCAGUGUCGAUUUACAAUUAUCCAUCAUUGGAUGCCAUUUCUGAUGAUGUUAUUAAUAAAACGGAAAUGAAUGCGAUAAAAUCUUCAGGUUGGCUCCAUAAUAAGCAGGGAAUAUGGAUACGAUUAUCUAGCUUCGAUCAAAAAUAUGCUUUUGUGCAGGAUUUAACCGGCAAUCGAUAUUUACAAAGAACAAAUGCCAUUACGCAACACUGUUCUAAUGGUAAUGGUGAAGGUUCACCAACGGGGCAGAAACCAGUAGCACAAAUUUAUCCACGAUCAAGAAGCGAGCAACCGAUGCAGGCAUUGAAGCCUUCAAUUGCUGACUGUUGUCGAACGGUGUUCGCUGCAUUUUUGUGGCAUGAACGAUUGGUCAAGGAUGCGAUGGUGUGCAGUACCUACCUUAAAUUUCAUCCCGAAUUACAUUCCAUAACUUAUGGUCAAAAUCGAAUGGAACUAAUCAUGGCUACACCAUUGCAUUCACUUUUCACUAUCUGGCAAGAAAUUAAUGCGGCAGUGCAAACCAGUAUUGAACAACGUUCAAUACUUUUAUGUCCAAGAACCACACGACAAUUUAACGUGAAACCAAUAAAACCUAGUCCUGGUACCUCUCGGCAGGAAAAACGAAAGGUUAUUGUUAAGGGAUCAUCAUCAGCUCAGCGGAAGGAUUUAUGUGAGCUUUGUGAAGAAUGGCACACGACACCAGUGACCACGCACAUGCGCAUGGCACAUCCUGGAUGUGGCAAAUAUUCCGGUGGUCAGGGAUAUAACAGUUCUGAAAUAAUACUUCCUCAAAUUAAUGCGGCAGUGCAAACCAGUAUUGAACAACGUUCAAUACUUUUAUGUCCAAGAACCACACGACAAUUUAACGUGAAACCAAUAAAACCUAGUCCUGGUACCUCUCGGCAGGGAUCAUCAUCAGCUCAGCGGAAGGAUUUAUGUGAGCUUUGUGAAGAAUGGCACACGACACCAGUGACCACGCACAUGCGCAUGGCACAUCCUGGAUGUGGCAAAUAUUCCGGUGGUCAGGGAUAUAACAGUUCUGGUAAAUAUACAAAUGGUUGGUCAGGAAAUUGUGGCGAUGGUGGACGACCAAGUGCUGUUUGGUAUUUGAUGUGUGACGCAUGCCGAUCAAAAUAUUUGCUACAAACUCCAUCCGGACAUCAGCAGGAGCGAAGCCGUCGAUGGCAGGAAUUUUGCGCUUCCUCAGCUGCUGCAGAAAUUACUCCAGAAGCAGUAAUCAAACAGAAUGCAAUGUUUCUGAUGGAACUGAAUGCAUGUAUGGAAGGUGAGAGUAAGGAUACGUCAACAACAACAUCAGGAUGGACAAUAAAUCUUUUCCCACAAGCAUCCGUCCUAACACCAAUAAUGACUUCUGCGUGUAUAAAAACGGAUGUUGGAAUAGUAUCACAGCCGCAGUUAUCAAAUGCACGUGAAAAUUGUUGUCCUAUGCGAAAAAUAUCGUAUGCCAGUGAUCCAGGACCAAAGCAUGCUGGUGUCGGGACUCAUCUCGCUUUUUCAAACUAUAAUCCGUUGUAUUCAAAGAAACGGCUUGGUUCUUCGCCCUUAACAAAUGCUUCCAACCAAAGUGAAUUAGUUAAUUCGAUACGUCGAAAGAUGUUAGAGGGAUACGAAAGACGGCAGUCAGCUGAAAUUGUUCGUAGUCCUUCUAUAGCACUGAAAUCACUGUUGGUAGCGGUUGAACAGAACAAUAUUUCGGGUAGCCGUAACUUUUCAACAAAUGUAAACGUAUCGCUUCGUCGACCAGUACUUUCUUUUGUUAUGGAACGACAUAAUUUGGCUCGUAUACGAGAAGCGAUGGCAACCGCUGUAGCUCGUGCUACAUUUUUCGCACAUUCAUUCCGUGUUUGGAAUUGGCUUCUGAAACUGGUUUCAACCGAAUCUAGUGUUGCCGAUAUUCUUUGGCAAUAUUUGACAGCAAUGAACUCAUACGUACCUCUAUGUCGAUGGCGUAAAAAUAAUUUACGUUUAGCCACAAAUUUACGUCUUUUACCACAUCCAUGGAGUGUAUGCUAUUUAGCUGGCCCAGUUGCCAAUAAAAUGGUCCAACAGCUACAUUCCUUCUUGCAUACCGUUGCAGUUAUCGUACAGUCAAGUGGUGUAGACACAAACCUACGCUGUUUAUGCUUCCGAGUUUGGACCUUCCAAUUAACCGUUCAUGAACAGGAUUUGCUUUCUCUUAUAUGCGACGUAUUAACAAGUGUUGGUAACGUUCUGGCAGAUUCAUCCUCAGAUCAUUCGUGGAAUCUGGACGAUAGUGAGCGAAAGGCAGACUAUCGCUCACUUAAUAAUGGAAGAUCAUCCCUGCCUAGGAAACCACAAGUAGAUGUAAAACAAAUGGAAGAUAUUACGGGUAUUUUGCGUUAUGAAGCAUCAAGCCGUCAAACAAUGAUUGGAUGCUUAAUCGACGGAAACAGUGAAACUUUCUGGGAAAGCGGUGAAGAGGAUAAAAAUCGACCGCGCUACGUGACAGUACAUUGUGAUAUUCGAAGUUAUAAGGCAAUGUUGAUUACUGUAUAUGUGGAUAAUAUUCGUGAUGAAGGUUAUCGGACGUGUUCUGUUACCGUUGUUACUGCAGAAAGCGAUGGAAGGCGUCGAAAGAUUCACUCUGAGUGUGUUGAUCAUCAAUUUAUUGGCUGGAUAAAAUGCUGCAUUUUUGGAUUGAAUUAUGUACAAGUGAUAUUUCGUGGUACCGAUCCCUCCUUACGUAUACGUCAACUUCGAGUUUUUGGUACUAGCACUGUACUGGAUGUCUUUAAUGUUCAGUCCUUUGCCAAUCGAAGCCUGCUGAAACCUUCACCGUCACAUCAGCUAUUGUUCAAUGCUAACCAGGAUGAUGCAUUUGCAGUUUUCCAAGCUAUUGCUGCUCAGGCAUUUAGUGAUGAAUUUUCACAGAAAGAAAGUAGCACAUUACGACAGCAAGUGCUUAAUCUGUUGUUUAGUCGUAUACAGUUGCAACCUCUUCAGACAUUUGUUUGUUCACACAUGAUUAAUGCUUUGGAAAGGGAAGUAUCAUCACUGCGUGAAAAAGCAAAGCGCAAUUACUCGUAUGUUUGUGGUUUGAUGGAAAUGCUACAGAAGAUUUGUGCUUCACGUCAAGGUCUGGAAGUAUUUGGUGUUAAAAAUAACAUCCUCAUUAUCCUUUCCGAACUCUUACUAUUUGCUCCUCAGGCAGUACAAUAUCGAGUAUUAGAGACAGUUGAAUGCCUUUCCAAGUUAUUCACACCUUCCGCAGUCGACUGCUCGAAUUUUGCACGGAAUUUACUAGUACUGAUAACAAAAGUGAUAACAUUACAGAUACGUGAUAAGAUGACACGAUCACUAAUUUCAGCUUCUUUGGCUACUCAUACGACAGAUGCACCAAUGUACUGGCGAAUAGAUCGAACAGUCAGCACCGAUAUUGCGCAUCUUGCAAAGCAGCUGUUGGAAAAUUUGAGUGAAGGAUUGCUGAAUGAAUACUGGACAAUGCCUGUGCGUACAGAAAUUGCAAAUGAGAUCAUGAAUUUAACUUCUUUGAAUAUCACUUAUUCAUAUGAUAGCGAUCACUCGGGAAAAAUAGCAACGGAAGAAAAUGCGACAGAAGAACCAAACUGUUCGGAUUUUUCCGAAUUCUUAAAUGCCAAUAAUUCUCGGCAAAGUAUGCUGAAAAGUGGAAAAUUCUGGCUUGCUGUAGCUGCAUUAUCUUUGCUUAAAGAGAGCCAGUGGUUGGAGUUAUCAUCGAUAUGGCAAAGUUUACAAAAUAACAAAGAAAGUGCAUCGGAAACCUUAUGUGACAAUCACGAUGAUGGUCGCACUUUAGCCAGCAUAUAUUGUGAAACUUGUCAAUGCUCUCUAUGUCGAGAAUGUUUCUCCGUCCUUCAUUUAAAUAAACGAAAUCGUAGUCAUGCUGUGCAAUAUCUUGGUGUAACAAAUGAUUGUCCACAAGUUGAAGUACAUGAAGGUUCCACUCGAUUGCGUUUGCCACAUGUUUUGAUACUGUUCAAUCCAUCUACUCUGAACGGAAUGGUAGAAUUUAAUCAAAGUAUCAUCCACGAAAAUAUACCGCCAGUAUCUUAUAAUCGAAUUUCUGAAGUGUCAAAUCCUGCUCAAACACAUGAAAACUAUACUUGCCGUUUUUGUACCACUCUCUUGCGUCCAGAUCAGCUGAUCGAUGGUUUGUGUAAUUACGAAGAGUGUCGUAAUUUUGCAACGUUUGCUUGUCAACAACAGCUCUCAUGUGGUCAUAUCUGUGGUGGUAUACGUGAUGAAGAAGUAUGCUUACCGUGCAUUCAAUGCAGAAAGCCAGAUAUAAAGCAAGAUGCAGAUGAUUUGUGUGUAAUAUGUUUUACGGAUCGUUUGGGUGGUGCACCGUGUAUUCAGCUGGCUUGCGACCAUAUUUUCCAUUAUCACUGUGUGCGAACUGUACUCGAGAAGCGUUGGAACGGGCCACGGAUUGUUUUUCGCUUUAUGCAGUGCCCAUUGUGCAAAGAACAAAUUGAUCAUCCAUCAGUAGCAGAUUUGUUACUUCCAUUAAAAGAUUUGUAUAACGAAGUAUUGAGUAAAGCACGUUUAAGGCUUGAAUAUGAUGGCCUUUUGCUCUCUCAUGCGACUUCAUCUGAGAGCAGUGAGCUUCACAAGAAGCCGGAUGAAUAUGCAAUGGAGCGAUACAUGUAUGUGCUAUGUUUUAAAUGUGGGAAGGCUUAUUUUGGUGGUGAAAGUCGUUGUCAGCAGGAACUGGAUAAUUCACAGUAUAAUCCUGAGGAACUGAUCUGUGGUGGUUGUUCGGAUGUUGUAGGUGCUCAAAUCUGUGGACGUCAUGGAGUAGACUUCCUUGAAUUUAAGUGUCGUUUUUGUUGCUCAGUUGCUGUUUAUUUCUGCUUUGGUACCACACACUUUUGUACAGCAUGUCAUGAUGAUUUCCAACGAUUAAUAUGCUUGCCGAAAAAACUUCUUCCCAAAUGUCCAGCUGGUCCGAAAGGGAUACAACUAGAUGGAAAUGAAUGCCCUUUAAGGGUUAAACAUCCACCAACAGGUGAAGAAUUUCCACUUGGCUGUGGUAUAUGCCGGAAUAUCAGUACGUUUUGAUUCACUC